CUUCCAAAUUAAUAUUGACUUGACUUGAAAGUCUUGAGUCAAUGAGGGAGUAUUUGCUUAUGCAAUCAGUAAUCCCCUUAUAAAGGGCAAGCUAGAAUACUACUCCCCUCAAUGCCAUAAUCACCCAAAGUCACUGCUCAUCUUUCCUCUUUUUCUCAAUCGGUUGUUUCUUCAUUUUGACGAAGGAUGGGUCCAUUACCUUGGCUAUUUCUAUUCCUUCUCUGUUUCUCGCAAUAUCUACUUGCUUUUUCCUCAUCGUCUCUCCCGUCUUUUUCUUCUUCUUCUUCUGCACGCCCUUUGUGUCGCCAUGACCAGAGGUCUGCACUCUUGCAAUUUAAGCAUAUAUUUACUAUAAACAGCCGUGCUUCUUCCGAAUGUGAUGAUCAUUAUUGUUCUGGUGUUCCUUCUUAUCCAAAGACCCUGUCUUGGGAUGAGAAUGCAACUGAUUGUUGCAAUUGGGAUGGGAUCACGUGCGAUGGAUUGACCGGUCACGUGAUUGGGCUUGAUCUCAGUUGUAGCCGGCUCUAUGGCAAAAUCCAUCCCAAUAAUAGCCUUUCCCAACUCUCUAACCUGCAACAGCUUAAUCUGGCUUACAAUGACUUCAACGGCUCACGCAUUUCAUAUGCAUUUGGCAGCUUUGCCAGAUUGACACAUCUAAACCUAUCCAAUUCUGCUUUAUCAGGUUCUAUCCCAUCUGAAAUCUCCUGUCACGCCCUCAAUUUUCGACAUAAAUAAUAAACACUUUUAAUAAAUAAAGUCCUCACUGUAAUACAAAUAAUACCCCAAAAGACCUUUCUGUUCACUGUUCUCAAAUAAAAUUCAAUGAGUACAUCCCUAGCUCGAGGCCCCAAGUUAUCGAAAUACCAAUGUCCGAAGAAAAUAAUAUUACAGUUCUAACAAAUGUCUUUCCAAAAAUACUCCUUUCGAAUCAAAUGCAAAUAAUCGCCUCUUUUAUACCUUUGAAAGACAUGAUCAAUAAGCACGAUAUGCACGCCAUGCCAACUUCCUUAUUUUUUU